AUGGAGCCCAUCGUGCUGCUCAAUCGACUGGCAGUCGAGCCGAUCCGUCCAGGUCUGGAUCAGGAGGGGGAGGUUCAACCGGAAGCGAAAUCCAAGAGCUGCAACGCUUGCAACGCCUCGAUUCCUGGCGACCAACGAGUGUGCUCUAGCUGCGGCACCUACGUGUUUGACAUCUUGGGUUCAAGUCUAGCCGCGUCUGAGAAGAAGGCAGACACUGAAAACCCUGUGGACAAUUCCGAGACCAGUCCUCUUGAGAACAACGACGACCCGGAGAGUACGCAGGAAGACAUCACGCAACUCUUGGAGCACGUGAGGACUGGAAAUGAAGAUGAGAAGCGAGUGGCAACGGAAGAACUCGCCAAACUCGUCGUCAGCCACGACGAGAUCCGAGCUCACAUCGUGGAAGAGGGCAUCCUCCCCCCGCUGGUCCACCUUCUUCGCACCGGAACGGACAGGCAGAAGUCCUGGGCCACGAAUGCUCUGGUGGAAGUCGCAGCUAUGAACGACGGUACGCGUGCUGCAGUAGCGCGUGAAGGGGCCAUCCCUCCCUUAGUCGCGCUAGUGCGGGAUGGCACUGAGGAGCAGAAGCGAUUGGCAACCAACGUCUUGGCGCAUCUUUCGUCCAGCAACGCCGCCGUAAGAGUCGAGAUCGUUCGUGAAGGUGCCAUCCCGCCGUUGACAGCACUGGUACAGACCGGAACCGACGCUCAGAAGCAGUCGGCAGCGAAUGUCUUGGCGCAUCUGGCCAGCAGCAAUUUGGCCUUCAAAGCCGAUAUCGCUAAGCAAGGAGUGAUCGCACCGCUCGUCAGUCUGGUUCGCACUGGAACAGACGGACAGAAGAUCUGGGGUGCUCAUGCUCUGAUGAACCUCGCAUCUCGAAACGAUGCCAACCGAGCGGAGAUUCUUCGCCACGGAGCGAAAGCCCCACUGAUGAUGCUCGUGCGUUCGGGUACAGCGGAGCAGAAGGUCUGGGCGUCGAAAGCCAUGGACAAACUGUCCAGCACGAAGGCCAUCAAGGCGAAGCUUCGUCUUGGCAUCCGCAACUUCUUCACCUGCAAGUAA